AUGGAGGCGUGCAGGGUAUCUCUGGCACGGGAUGUGUCCCCCAGCACUUACGCCGUCUUCCAAACGCUGGGGAUUCAGAGCCCACCUGACUCGGGGCUGCAGGGGAGGCAGCUGCCCGCCGAGCUGCUCUCCCAGCAGUGGGCUGUGGGCAUGAGCCUGCUGAUGGCCCUGGUGGUGCUGCUCAUCGUGGCCGGUAACGUGCUGGUGAUCGCGGCCAUCGGGCGCACGCAGCGGCUGCAGACCCUCACCAACCUCUUCAUCACCUCGCUGGCCUGCGCGGACCUGGUGAUGGGGCUGCUGGUGGUGCCCUUCGGGGCCACGCUGGUGGUGCGGGGCACCUGGGUCUGGGGAUCCUUCCUCUGCGAGUGCUGGACCUCCCUGGACGUGCUCUGCGUGACGGCCAGCAUCGAGACCUUGUGCGUCAUCGCCAUUGACCGCUACCUGGCCAUCACCUCGCCUUUCCGCUACCAGAGCCUCAUGACCAAGGGUCGGGCCAAGGGCAUCAUCUGCACCGUCUGGGCCAUCUCUGCCCUGGUCUCCUUCUUGCCCAUCAUGAUGCAUUGGUGGCGGGACGAGGACCCCCAGGCAUUGGAGUGCUACCAGGACCCAGGCUGCUGCGACUUUGUCACCAACAGGGCUUACGCCAUUGCCUCGUCCAUCAUUUCUUUCUACAUCCCCCUCCUCAUCAUGAUCUUUGUGUACCUCCGGGUGUACAGAGAGGCCAAGGAGCAGAUCAGGAAGAUCGAUAGGUGCGAGGGCCGGUUCUAUGGCAGCCACGAGCAGCCGCAGCCCCCCCCACCCCCUCACCACCAGCCCAUCCUCGGCAACGGCCGAGCCAGCAAGCGGAAGACGUCCCGCAUCAUGGCCAUGAAGGAGCAGAAAGCCCUCAAGACUUUGGGCAUCAUUAUGGGGGUGUUCACCCUCUGCUGGCUCCCUUUCUUCCUGGUGAACAUUGUCAACGUCUUCAACAGGGACCUGGUGCCGGACUGGCUCUUCGUUUUCUUCAACUGGCUGGGCUACGCCAACUCCGCUUUCAACCCCAUCAUCUACUGCCGCAGCCCUGACUUUCGUAAGGCCUUCAAGAGGCUGCUCUGCUGCCCAUGGAAAGCUGACCGGCGGCUGCACGCCAGCGGCGGGGAGCUGGCCCAGCUGCCCGGGGGCUUCAUCAGCACCGUGGGCUCCCCUGAGCGCAGCCUGGGAGGGACCUGGUCCGACUGCAACGGGGGCACGCAGGGUGGCAGCGAGUCCAGCCUGGAGGAAAGAAAUAGCAAAACGUCCGAUUCGGAGUCCAAGAUGAACGGGGGGGGGGAAAAUAUCCCGGCAACAACAAAAAUUUACUGCACAUUUUUUUUAAAAAUGGCGACAAAGCCAUUUUUUGCAGUGUUAAGAGUUGUAAAGUUAUUUGAAGAUGUUACUUGCACACGUACACACACGCAAAUUAAAAAUGAAACGGAGGUUUGAAUAACACCGACCCUGAACCUGAUCUCUGGUUUUGUCUGAUUUGUUAUAGUUUUAUUGAGAGAGUGACUUUUUUUAUAUUAUUUUAUGAAGGUACUGUAAAUAUAUCCGUAUUUUAAAUUAAAAUAUCUUAAGAGACUUUAUUAAUUUUUAUUUCCAAGUGCCCACGUGAAUCUGCUGUUAUUUUAGCACUUGUGUGUCAUUUCCAUUUUCUUCUCUGUGUGUGUUUUAUAACAUAUUUAUACUCUGGUGCAAUUCACUACUGUGUAAGUAAUUGGUCUAUGUGCAAUAAAUACCGUUGCAGCA